AUGUCGUUGCCAUGGAUUCUAACGGAUCAGAUUCUUAAGACAAAGGAUCCCUCGCUGAUGGAAUGUGUAUUAUUUCCAUUGGAUUUAUACAACGAUUCAGCGCAUUAUGCUUUGACUAAAUUCAAGAAGCAGUUCCUCUACGAUGAGGUCGAGGCUGAGGUCAACCUCUGUUUCGAUCAGUUUGUGUACAAAUUAUCCGAACAAAUAUUCGCAUAUUAUAAGCAUUUGGCCGGAAGUAUACUUCUGGACAAGCGUUUCCGGUCGGAGGCGGCGGCGCUCAACAUUAAGUUUGCCUGGCCUCAGGCCAACCGAUACGACACACUCCUGAAGCAGCGACACCUCCAACUGCUCGGACGGACCAUCGAUUUGAAUCGACUGAUAGCCCAACGGCUGAACGCGUCGAUGUUGAAGAGCUUAGAGCUGGCCAUCAGUCGCUUCGAGGGAUCAGAUUUGACGGCAAUCAUCGAAUUGGAGUCAUUAAUUACUUUAAAUAAAUUCUCCCAUAAAUUGCUCUCAAAGAACAUAGAUCUCGAUCCAUUCGACUCACUGUUGCGUGAGGCCAACCAUAACGUGUCGGCCCCGUACGGGCGCAUAACACUACACGUGUUUUGGGAAUUGAAUUAUGACUUCCUUCUCACGUAUUGUUUCAACUCUUCGACCCAACGGUUCAUUAAAAUGCCAGAAAAGGCACCGAAUUUGACGCCACAUCUGAAU